AUGUUUUUCCUAUUUUGUUUUUCCAUUUUUUCCUUACAAUGGGUGCACGGAUUUAACAAUAGGCAAAAUAUCUUAGAAUUGCUUCCUGAGAAUGAUCUUCUCCGUGAUAAAUUAAAAAACGAGAAAUACGAUUUUUGGGUAAAAAAAGACACUGAAGAUCAGGAAGGUGCAUUUACAAUGGGAUCCGUAACAUAUAGAAAAUACUAUGGUCAUUCAAAUGAAGCUGCAAUCAUGCUUCAAGAAUCUGAUGAUUAUUCUUUAUUUACUCCAUUUAUUCAAAUUCCGUCAUCUAACAAUAAUCAAACAGAUGGAAAUACUUUGAUUCUGAAGGUCGAUGAAACACCAAAUACACCACAAAAUGCAGAAAUGAAAAUUCCACCAAAACCAAAUGAGCAUCCACUUUCAGUUAGAUAUAACAAGCGAUUCCAACCUAUUUCUGAUGAUAAUAUUGAUGAUGAUUACAAUCCAAACAAAGAAAAUCUGCCAUUAUAUAAGAAAUCUGAUGCAAAGCUUAGUGUAGAGUCAUCAAAUAUCGACUACGAUGAAUCCUCUUCAACAGAGAAAUACAUUCCCCGAAAAGAUCCCGUUGUUCCUGUUGUUCGGGCGAAUAUCCAAAGUCAUCAAAGGGAAACACCAAGAUCUAACCUAUGUUCAUUAUCCUACUACUUCAUUGGGGCACUUGGAGUCCUUUCUUCUUCAGUUUUUGUCAUGUUUUGUGUAGUUAUCAUCAGAUCAAGGAAAAAGAAUGCGAAAAUCAUACUUGAAGAGUCCAAAAUAGAUGAACCAUCAUUACCUAUACUAAAUAUGCAAACUUUGGAUCAGAUUUACCAGAUGAUUCAACUUUUCAAGCUGAAUAACGUUGGAAGUAUCAUAGAUGAACUCAAUUUCCCUUCCAAUUACUCGGCCAACGGUUUUGAAGCCCUCAAAAUCCAUUAUUCUGAUAAUUUUUAUUUGAACUCAAAUUGUGACACAAUUAUUAUAAUCCGAAACUUAUAUCAGCAUGGGAAGAUAUCAGAAGCCAAAUCCCUCCAUUAUUUGUCGUUAUUUAAUGGAUUAUCUGAUCAUAUUUUAUCUUGGUAUUUAAUUCAUAAGCCAACAUAUAACUUAUGUGGUGGUCCUAACUCUGAACAGUUCCUUGCUUCUCUUCCAAAGAAAUUCCCGAAGCGAUUGAAAAAUAAGAAAUAA